AUGCCUCUUCCUGCUACUCUUUCCCGGCGAGUGGUAUCAACGUUAGUGUACGCCUCAACAUGGAUGAUUCUGUUGAUUGCUACGGUGGUUCUUGCAUCCUUACCCCCAACCUUGGCCUUCAUGUUUGCGAUAUCUCAAUCUUCACAUUUCGUCACAAUCCCUUUGGAUUUUCCUAGAGAUAUGGUGCACUUGCCUCAGCAAGCUGUCACCACCAGCUUCCACAUCGAUUUCUUCUUGCCAACGUUGUUUGCUGCUUUGGUGGUUGCUGCUUCUACCUGCUUCCUUCGCGCACUGGCACCCUAG